AUGCUGGUGCUAGUGUUAGGCGACCUACACAUUCCCCACCGGUGCAGCAGUGUUCCGGCCAAGUUUAAGAAGUUGCUAGUUCCGGGGCGUAUACAUCACAUUCUCUGCACCGGGAACCUAUGCAGCAAGGAAUCGUACGACUAUCUGAAGACGCUCGCCAACGAUGUGCACAUUGUGCGCGGUGAUUUCGACGAAAACACCAACUACCCGGAACAGAAGGUCGUCACCGUCGGGCAGUUUCGGAUUGGACUUUCACAUGGCCACCAGGUGGUACCGUGGGGCGAUCCGGAAGCAUUAGCGCUGAUUCAGCGACAGCUUGACGUGGACAUACUGAUAUCGGGGCACACGCAUAAGUUCGAGGCGUACGAGCACGAGAACAAGUUCUACAUCAAUCCGGGCUCAGCAACCGGUUCCUAUAAUCCGCUGGACACCUCCGUCAUCCCGUCCUUUGUGCUGAUGGACAUUCAGAGUACGACGGUCGUAACGUACGUGUACCAGUUGGUCGGUGACGACGUGAAGGUGGAACGAAUUGAGUAUAAGAAGAAUUGA